CUCUUCAGAAAGUCCAGCCUCAUGCUCUAGCUGUGGACCUGGGCUGUGGGAUGGGGCAGAACUCACGCUUGAUGGCCCCACACUUCCAGGAGGUGGUGGGCAUCGACAUUAGCGAGUGCCAACUGGAGGAAGCCAGGGCAGUGGCAGGGUUCAACAACAUCACCUACAGAAAAGGCACUGCAGAGGAGCUGCCGUUUCCGGAUGGUUCUGUGGACCUACUGACUGCAGCCUCAGCGGCCCAUUGGUUUGACCAGCAGCGGUUCCUCUUGGAGGCAGGCCGGGUCCUGAAGCCUUGCGGCUGCAUGGCUCUGCUUGGCUUUGCUGAUAACUUCAGACUCCAUUACGGCUCAUGUGGGGACAGACUCACUGACAUCUAUGAGGAGGUCAAGAAAGUGCUGUUACCAUACACCAGCACACAGUUAGCAGUGGCCAACACCAAACUACAGGAGCUUUACGCUGCUAUCCCCUUCCCUGACAAAGAGAGGAUUGAGUGUAUCCCACUGAAGCAGCAGAUCUCAGUGAGGAACAUAGUGGGCUUCAUGGAGUCCUUCUCCAUGUACCAGGCCUUCCAGAGGGCCGAGCCUGAUGCUGCCACCGCACUGCUGCAGAGAACACUCGACAGGUUUCUGAAGGAGAUGGGAGUCACAUCACCAGACACACUCAUGGAAGUGACAAGGGAGUAUUUCUGUGUUCUGGCAUCUGAACCGGAGUGAACACUCUUUAAAGUGUGAAUGUGUUUGUGUGUAGACAGAUGUGUCUUAAGCUUGUGUUUAGGCUUGUGUGAAUCAUGUUCAAGCUGUUAUUAGAAAUAUUAUUCUGUUCACAUAAGAUUUCAUUGAAGUCCCUUUGGUUUUGUCUGCACUUUUCUAUUAUACAAUGUAAUGUAGAGUAAACUAUUCACCUUAGUCACAUCAUUACCAAAAUGGUUGCCACCUUUAGUAUCUUCCUUGCCUGAGAUUUACAAUAAAAUGUCUGCAGACACAA